AUGGCAGCGGCCGACAGCAAGAGGUUGACCGCGCAGCGAAAGCGGGCUGCUUGUGGAGAGUUGAGGGCUCUGGCGUCAGAGCUUGGGGUCCAAGAUGACAAUUUGCGCUUGGACAUGACUGCGGAGCAGUUCCGGCGCGCAGCCGGAAGGCUCGUGGAGAGCUGCGCCACACCAGACCAGCGCCGGCAGCUGGAGAGGGCGGUGAACCGGUACCAGAACAUUGUAGUGCCACCGCUCCCGGGCAGAGCCGCAGAGAAUGCACGUUGCCAAGGGGAGGAGGCUGGUGUUGAGGAGGCGCGGCGGACCUUCCGGCUACGAGCAACUGGAUGCUUGUUCACAUAUAAUUCUGCAGACUUUCGGAGGGUCGUGUGGCCUGAGUUCAUUGCUUGGCUGCGCACGCUGAAUUUUCUUUUGCGCUGGACCGCCACUAUGGAAGAGUCCCUCAGGUCGCUGGUGGCAGGUCGUUUGCACAUGCACGUUUUCAUGGAGUUCAAGCAAGCUGUUGACUGGACUUCCUUGCAGUCUGUUUUGUUCCAGGGUGUGACUCCGCACGCGUCCCCGUGCACGGCGCGCGGGCCCAGCGUGCGGGACGCCUUGAACCGUGGCCAUUUCUAUGUCUUUGCAGACAAGCAGGGCACGUUAGAGGUGGCCACGUCGGGGUGGGUUCCUUGGAGUGAUUACAGCGUGAAAGGCUGGUGGAUCGACAACCUAUGGACAGAGCACAAGCUGCGCCACGAUGUUUACUUGGACUACGCGUGCAAGAUUCGGGUCGGCUUCAGCGGGCUGGCAACGGCAGUGGAGUCUGCUCAGAGCAUUAUGGUGCGCUGCGCUUUUCAACAAAAACAGCAAGAGAUUGCUGGACGCCUGGAGCUGCUGAAGCGGCCGUUUCGCCCGGAUGUUCUGGAAGCCUUGAGGCCCUGGGCGAACCAAUACGCAGAGCUCAAGAUGCGCUACAAGUUCCUUGUCCUGCGCGGCGGGUCGCAGACUGGCAAGUCGACCUUGGCAAAAUUCGCUCGGCGACGCUUUUGGGUGGAGUUUCAGCGGGAGGAGCACGGUUACAUUUUGUUCGACAAUGUGAACCACAUGGACUUUGUGUUGAACGAGCGAGCUUUGUUCCAGCUCUUGCGGGCAGCCUUUGUCCUGGAGAGAGCUGGCGGCUUCAAGGUGCUACGUGGGUGGGGGGAGCUGUUUCUGCCUGAGGGUUUUCGAGCUGCUGUUUGA